CGACGUCACCCGUGUCCCCUGCAAGAGGCCAGGACAAGUCGCACAAGCCAAUCCCCGAACAAACCACCUCAGCCGCCCGCCCAAGCCAGAAAACGGACCGCCAAUCCUCCAGAGCACCCAUCACCAGCACCAGCCAUGACGUGGAUAUCAAAGUCCAUCACGACCUUUGGUCUCGUCCUGCUGGCUCACGCCUGCUACUCGGCGCACGAGCACUCGGUCCUGCAGCAGUCUACGGCCUCCCCCUCGGCGGCGGCAUCCUCGUCGCCCUCGGGCACCGGGGCGGCGGCGGUGGCGGCGGCGGCAACAGCAACGGCGGCCUCGUCGUCGCUACCCGUCGACAUAUCGAUCGAGACGGUGGUGGCGCUGGUGGUCAUGUGCCUCGGCCUGGCGCUGGGCACGCCGCUCCUCCGGCCGAUCCAGUGGCGCGAGUGGGCCGGCAAGAUCGAGCGCGAGGGGGCCGAGGGGUUCUUCCCGGCCGGCGGCGACAGCGAGGAGGUGGCCAGAGAAUUCAUCGGGAACCCGUUUCGGUACCUCGAGUCCCGGCCUGCCUUUGUCGACAUACGGAAGCAGAGGAAGGAGUUUGCCUGCUGGGUCAAGUCUGGCGCAGAGCCCAAGGCAUGAAGGGCGUUGUCGCCGCUUUUGUUGGAGACAUGCUUAGGUAUAUACGUGUGCCUAUCUCGGUUUAAACGUACCAGCCUAGAUACCAACCUGCCUAUCUAGUGGUCUCCCUAGGUAGUAGGUAGUAGAUAGGUCCUCCUAGGUAUUUGUCUCAUGACACUUCAUUUCUUCAGCCGUCUUUCCUGGAAGCUCUCGUCCACGUUUUGAGCUCGUGCAUCAACCGAGGAAUUCUAAACCCU